AUGACAACAUCCAUUAUUCAGAGUUAUGAAUCACUUCUACAAAAGUUGGUGAGCAACCGCUUCGGAAAUGAUACAUCAUCCUCCAUAGAUUCUGUUGAUCUUCAAUUAGUAUAUCAAGACUCCUACCCAACCAAUAUUCAUGUCCCGGUUUUUGCAGAUAUCUCUCCCGAACGAAAUUGCUUUGUAUUUUCUCAAUCCAUUCUACCAGGAGGAAAAGCUAAGAAUUAUGAACAACAUCUCUUGAAUUAUGUACAAGCAAGCUUGAGGUCGGAGGAAAACCUUCAAAUUGAUGGAAUUUAUGAAAGAAUUUGUGAUGAAGGGCUUACCUCACAUUUAUAUUUUUCUACGGCUUGCAAAAAUGUCAAGUUGAACAAAAAAACAGAAUUGCUACAAGGGUGGUCGGGAGAAGUUUUCAAUUUGGAGAGAGUUCUGUUCAAUAAGGAUAUUUUGGUAAGCAAGGAAGAACGACUAAGGUUUACGGUGAGAACAUUUCUCUCAAUUUGCAAAGCAUUGCAUGAAUUACACUCGUGUAAUAUUAUUCACAAUAGCAUCCUUCCAAAAAACGUUCUAGUUCUUUCAAAAAGUUUGCAACAAAUCUCUCAAGCUGAGAUCAUUUUGCAAGUGCCAAGUUUUGGCCUGGAAACUAUUAGAGACACUCUUAAUGAUGAACAUGUUUCAUAUUUUUCGAGGCAAGCAUUUGAACGUGACAACGAACCAUUCUCCACAUCCAAUGACAUUCACAUGCUUGGAACAAUGAUUCUAGGCGUUUUGUUUCAGGAGGAGGUGGAUGCUAAAAUGCUCGAUAUUGAUGACUGGAAGAAUGAAAUUCAAAAUAUUAAGGACAGAGUGCACCGGUCACUCAAUCCCGGAGGUUUGGAAGGAGGCCAGGUUGACGUUCAAUUAGAGGUCGUACUGAAAAAGAUUCUGAACGUUGCGUUGGAUUGCUUGUCUCCCGAGGAACAUGACAGACCAAGUAUUUCAUCAGUUUUAAAAGUUUUUGAAAUAUGUCACGACAAAUUAUCUGAUUGUAACGACGAAGACGCUCAGUUACUUCCUUCCAGAAAAACCAAAACACAGGUGGCAACCAAAGCAAAUGUUGUAGCUCCAGCAAUUAUUGGUGAUGACAGUAUGAAUACAAGAUCAAGAUCAGAUUCAGUUAAUUCCACUGAUACAUCUGGACGAAAGUCAAGGUCGUGGAAAGCCAUUAUCAAACCGUUCACUAAUUUGUUUGUAAAAAAGAAUAAGAAAGACAUCGAAGAAGGAGAAAAAAAGAAGGCACAGUAUGAAAUUUUGAACAGACUUAGCGAUGGUGCAUCGGCAGUGGUUCUUCUCGUCACGAACAAGGAAAACAAUGAAGUAUGUGUUAUGAAAAAAUACAAAGAUGGUGCUUUCAGGGAUUAUGAACGAGAAGUCGAGUGUUUAAAGUUGUUCCAACAUCGAAAUGUCAUCAAAAUGUUGGAUCACUAUACUUACGAAGAAGUUGACGACGCUAAAAAGAAGAUACAGUCGCAUGUAGUCAUUCUUGAAUACUGUAAAUUUGGCGAUAUUUUCACACAGCAAAUAAGCUUUGUGAAUACUAAAGGAAAGAAAGUCAAGUACAUGAGGCCGCUCAAAUAUUUGAAAACGUGUGUAGAUUUAUUGGAAGCUUUAGAAUGCGUUCAUAUGAAAGGUUAUGUACAUAGCGAUAUUAAGCCUCAAAAUAUUUUAAUUUCUCAUGAGGGUGUUCGACUGGCAGAUUUUGGUUUUUCUGUGAAACAAGGACAAGCGGUAUUAGGAGGAACUCUACGAUAUCUUCCACCGGAGCAUCACGAAGGACAACCAUCACAUGCUGGUAUCGACAUAUAUAGCAUGUUUUACUCUCUUUUUGAAAUUUUAAGCAAAAAGAAGGUAAAUUUUCAAGCCAAAGUCUCCUCUGAGGAUGACUUUGUGAAAAUUUGGCAAGAAAAUUUGAAGGCCAAUCCUUAUUUUACUUUAUUCAAUAAGAAAGGCCAACCUCUCAGUGCCAGUGCACAUUACACUCAUCCAUUGGUUGAGUUAUUCGAAAAAGGUCUCGAGCCCAACCCCUCAUUUCGACUCUGCACGGCCGAAGCUCUUGAUGUCAUGCGCCACAUUCAUAGAACUCAUGCAGCCAUCUUGAUCCAAAAAACCAUGAGAGGACAUCUGGCACGAAAGAGAAUCAAGUGUGUGAAAUAG